GACCAGGCCAGAAGGCAUACAGUCGGUAGCGUUUGCCGCGUCGUGAGAUAACUUCUCCUCUCUUUGGUGGCUGCCCCCGCAUCUUGGAUGCUGGAGGUGUGACGUUGUCGCAUUCGUGACAGUGUGAACGGCCCGAGUGACCCAGAGUGCAGAGUCGUGAUCCUCUUUCUCUCCCAUCUGCCAAUCUCCGCCCUGCUGUCUCGCUCUGGUGCUCCGGAAAAACGCACACACAGUGACUCUCUGCUCGGGAAGAUAUCUCGUGAAAAUUCACCCACACAGAUCGCACACUGGUCGCCUCGUGAUGGCUCUGGCGUGAGCCAAGGUGAGCACGCGGCGGCGUGAACGGUGCUCCAUGGCCAAUGUGAUGUGCUAAGAGGUGAAUUUGGAUGCUAAGUGAACCCCAAAAUUGCAAACUCCACACACAUACACACGCGCACGGGCUUUAUGUAAGACUCAAACGUACACCUGAGACUUGAGAUCCGAGGUGGAAAAACUCCUUUGCCAGUCCAAAACAGUGGCCCGGCUGACAUUUGGCCACGCGGACACUCCGGGAGGGUCCACGUGAUGGCUUAGCCGUGCUUCCUGGCUGUAUGCUGACGAUUCGGCAGAUGGCUAAGCGCGGAUCCGCGAGAGAGUGCGAGAAACAGGGCUAGACGGCCCUCCUAGGCUCCUUUCCUGAGGAUGCUGCUAUUUUUACGCCAACCGCUUCGCGCGUGUCGCUGAAUUGUUGGUCUGAAUUGUUGAAAUACCUGAAUAAUAUUCCAACAGUAAAUCCCCGCUCGGUUUUAUAGUGCAGUGAAGCCCCCAGACUCUCGAGGUGCUCCCCAAUUCGCUCCCCUCCGAUGUUGAGUGCGUGAACAGUGACCGAGUGACUCCCGGCUGUCCUGUUCGCGCGGUGCUAUAGAGAUCGCCACGGUGGCCGCCUCCAAGGGGUCUCGGGGAGCCUCCGCGGGCUGCCUUGGCGCCACACAAGACACCACCGGCGGCGAAUCACCACGGCAGGGCUCCACAGAUGGCCAGAUGCAGCGAUGUGGCCUCUGCUCCCUGCUGUCGCGCCUCCUGAGGCGCGCCAUGUGCGUCGGAUCGCGCCGCGGAAGUGGCGAGUCCUACUAUCAGGAGCUGGAGACCACUAAAUGUGAACGAGACGAAGUAAAUGGAAGUUUGGCACCCGAUGUGGCCACAAUGGAGACAACAGACAGCUCAAUCUACAUCCGCCUAAUCCCGACAGCCACGUCGCGUCGGAUGUCCGAUUCGGACAAGGAUCGUCCUCUGCUGGAGGCGCUAAUUAGCGGCGAUGAUCAGCUACCACCGAAGCUGGAAGGGAGUCCGCGCAGGAGGCACGCCUGCAACGGACGCUUCCUCACGAUGCACAAGAGACGCCGCAAGAAGCUCACAACGCGAAGUCUGGUGCAGGACGUGGCAAUUCUGGACGACAUCCUCCACGGCCAAGUCCAGUGCAUCCUCAAUCAAGUUGGCAACUGGCGAUUCAACGCCUUCACCCUCGAAACGGUCACUGGAGGACGAUCACUGCCUGUUCUAUGUGUUCACUUGUUCCAUUGGUACGGCCUAUUGGACCACUUCAACUUAGAUGUAGUUAGGUUAUGGAAAUUGUUCACGCUGAUCGAGGAGGGGUAUCACAGCACCAAUCCCUAUCACAACGCCAUCCACGCCACGGACGUGACGCAGGCCAUGCACUGCUUCCUGCAGGAACGCAAGAUCCUCGAGCAUCUGGAGCCCCUGGAAAUCAUGGCCUCGCUCAUCGGCGCUGUGACCCACGAUCUUGACCAUCCGGGCGUCAACCAGCCCUUCCUCAUCGCCACGUCCAACCACCUAGCGGCCCUGUAUGAGAACACCAGCGUCCUGGAGAACCACCACUGGCGCUCGGCUGUGGGCUGCCUGCUAGAGAGUGGCGUGGCUGAGCAAAUCCAGCACAUCAGGCCCGAACUCGAGCGCCAAAUCAGCUCUCUAAUCCUCGCCACGGAUAUCACGCGGCAACAGGAGUUCCUCACCAAAUUCCGCAACUUCCUCAACACCUCUACGCUCGACAUGAGACAACCUGACCACCGCCACUUCAUCCUCCAAAUCGCCCUCAAGUGUGCCGACAUCUCCAAUCCCUGCCGCCCCUGGGAUGUCAGCAAGAAGUGGAGUCAGAAGGUUUGCGAGGAGUUCUUCCGUCAAGGCGACUACGAGCGCCAGCUCAAUCUUCCUGUGACUUCACUCUGUGAUCGCUUCUCGACAACGGUGCCCAAGAUCCAGGUGGGCUUCUUCAAAUUCGUCGUGACGCCCCUGUUUGACGAGUGGCAUCGUUUCCUGACCACUGAGCUCUCCACCAAGAUGAUGCGCUUCCUCAAGUAUAAUCAAGUGCAGUGGGAGAACCGCGUAGCGGCCGAACUGGCCGAGGAGACGCGCACCGAGAUCAGCGAUGCUGAACUCCUCGAAGAAGACGAAGAGGAGGAAGAAGAAGAGGAUGAACCAGAUCAGGCUGGAGCAAUGGCUCGGGAGGAGGAGGAGCCUUGCGUUGAAUUGUCCGACAGCAGUGAAGUUCUCAUCCCAACGACUUCUGUGAAGCUUCCGAGGCGGAGUUCGUUGCAGGUGCCUAGGCUCACACACUCUCGCCACGACAGGCGUCACUCGAUGCCCGUGAAUGCACCUAGGAUCAUCCUGCCGUCCAGGGAGCACGCCUCUGGCAGCACGAUCCAGGAGGACGUGGAAACCAGGUUUGAGGACAGCUUUUCCCUGCUAUCGUCCGACAGUGACUCGGGCCCCAGAGCCCGAUCAUCUGGAGAGAGCGUGCCAGACCGAGAGCGUCCUCUCAGUGCUGAAACCCUAGUCCCAGACCUCAGCAUUGCCACCAUGACGGACAGCAUCUGUGCCAAUAGGCUAAACCUUGUGAUGCACGGCGGGAGUGUGGGCAACACUAGCAUACUGCCCUCCGCCACGUCCAAGCAGCUCGUGCGACAGCAGACUUUCCCACCGCUUCAGCCCUACAUCCGCACUCGCUACAUGUCCACCACGGCCGAGCUGGGCGGCUGUGCCGAGACCCUGGCCGAGAGCCGCUCCAGCUCGUCAGAGUCCCAGGGUGAUGAGCAGCGAGGAGUGCUGAUCAGCAAAAAGGAAAGCUUCAAGCGCGCAGAUCAGGACUUUGCGCCGCACGCCAACAGCAAGAUCGCUAAACUGACCAUUGUGCCGGGCCAGAAGGAGAAUCUCGAUCCCACCAUUCUGCGGCGAACCCUCAACAGACGUCGAGGGUCCGCGCCCGUGGCCACAGUAGGAGUACCCCAGCGUGCCCCCGACGCUCCGCCGACAAAGGAGCCUGUCACACUGGUGAUCAGAUCCUGCGGAGAUCACCUGGUGAGACGUGGCUCAAUGCCGGCGGAGACAAUGAAGAUAACUCCUACUGAGGGAAGUCAGUCGGACAAUGGCUCCUCAGCCGCCGCCGUCGCUGCCGCUGUUCCCACAUCCCUGUCGUCCAUCCAGCGACGGAGUUCGAUGCCCUGUGAGAAUCUCGCGGCUUUGGGGCGCUCGAACGGCAAGUCCCGGAACAGGAAGAAGCUCCUGCGGCGGCGAUCAUCGGGCGGGGCUGAGAUUCUCAGUCCCAUCCUCACCGAGGAGGCCACCUCAAGCGGCGGCUCCGCGUGGUAUCGCUUCAAAAGAGAACUCACGCGGAGUCGCACGGAUCAGGACGCCCUGCUAUCGCGUCGCCGCGGCUCACUGCCCGUGGAGGUGCUCGCAGUGGGAUUGUCUGGUACAAUGCGCCACUGAAAGAGGAUAAUGUUGUAGAGUGUGAGAGAGCACCGAACGGCGAGCGGCAGUUUUGUUGUUUGUCCAAAUCACGGACAAUAUCAAUUAAGGCGGUGAAGACUUGAAAAGUCCAUCGCCUGCAAGGGCUGGACCCUUGAAAGCCCUGCAGAAGGUUAGUUCUUAGGCAUCUCAGAUUCAUGCGUGUUUAGACUUAAGAUUGUUUGGAGUCACACAAGACAUUUUAGGUGCACCUUCAGCAGUUUCGCAUGUGGAAUACAUAAUAAUUUGAGGGCAAGUGAAGAGAAUUUUAUUGAAAGGAUGGACCGAAAGAAGCAGCUUCUCGCAUGGAGAACGUUUAAAGACAAUCCAAAAAAAAUUGUAAUAUUUAAAGAGGAGGAAGAAGAAGAUAAAAACUAAUAAAGAGAAUCAUAAUUGUUCAUUUGAAAGACGGUGACUUUAGCGAAUAAAUAGGAACAAGCUUUACGGAGCAUUACGAUGGUGAAUAUGGCAGAGUGAGAUGGAGGGAAUCUUCACGGGAGGUUGGGUGAAUAUUUUUAUCUUCAGCCUCCGACGGAAUGGGCGAGGAAAAGCCAGAGAGAAGGAGAGAUAUAUUUAAAAGAAAUAAUAAUAAAAAUUAAUGGAGAUAGUGUGAAAAACCUUCUGAAACAGACACGCAAAUCGUUCUCAUUCUCAUGUCUCGCAAAGUGAAACAAGAGUGCAAUGUGUUAAUAAAUUGAUUGUUAGAUAAUAACCGAAGGUGUGUGUGUUUUUUUGAGAAGAGAAAAAUAUUGUAUAAAUUAAUUGAGCCAGGAGCGAUUUAAACAACAAAAUAAGACAUUGAUAGUCUGAGAAAAAAAGAUAGAGAAAUUAAAAUUACCAUUGGAAAUGUUGUACCUUUAGCCAUUGUACAUUAAGAAAGAGAGCGAGGAGAAAAGCAAGAUGUGAGAAAAAAGAAGCUACAGCAGCAAUCUCCUUCGUCCCUGUUUCGUCUCCACCUAACAUCGCGCAUACUUCUUUUUAAUCAAUUAAAGUGCGAAAGCAUAGAUUCUACUAAUUAAAUCUCCACCUAAGGCAUCUUUCUGCGUCAUUUUCAUUGAGAUUUACGGGCUCGGCUGCUCUGUGAAAAGUUUUUUUUUCUUCUUUUACCUCCCCAGAUAAGGGAGGAUUUCCUAAGAUUUUCCACCGGCCGAAGAAUUUAUUACACCCCACAUCCAGGGUUGUGCGAAUUUAUCGACAAGUACACUGUUGACCAAGACACUUUGUGGCUAAAUUCAUAACUUUUUAUUGCACAAUUCACCAGACAAACGCAUGUUCUUGUCAUCGAAAGCGCAGUGUAAUGACAAAAUCAACACCAAAACCACAAAUACAAAACUUUUUUCUCCCAGUAUUUCGCAUUACGCCAAUCAAUUGUCUGACCAAAAACACGCGCCGGAGGACAAAAGAACAGCAAUUGUGGUAUGUUAAUCACUUACUGUGCUAUUUUUGCAGAAAUCCGCGUAAAUAUCAAUUAUAUUGAUCAUGUUUUCUACUAUUAGCGAUGCUCCCACACCCCCAAAAUCCCACUUCGCGACCCAUAAACAUACGCAUUUCGCCCUUGUAAUUAGCAAUAAAUUAUACAUUAAUCCGGAGUGGAACCAUCGCAGAUAUGGCACUAUAUUAGUCCCACUGGUUAAUGAUAGUGGACAAAUUCUUCAAAUUACAGGUUGUGCUUUCCCUGUCACCCCAUUUCCCGCCCUCUUUAUCUUUGGGUUCAACGCCACGAGCGUGUAUAUAAAUGUAGAGUAAGCUUUAGGCAGGAGGAAAAACGAUUAAAUGUGUGUCUUUCGGUUUUUAGUAACAUUAUAAAUAGCACGUGUAGAGAAAAGUUUCUUGUAAGGUUGUAGCAUUAGUGCAAGAGAGGGUAAUCAAUUGACGUCAUCAAUUCAGAGACGCCUUUUGAGGGUAGAAAGAUGAUGGAGAAAACCAAAAACAGACGGGAAAUUGGACAGAAUUAAUUGGAAGAAGACAGUUUUGCUGUAAAAUCUCCCCAGAUUGAUUAGUAUUUGAAGGAUUUGAAGAAAGUAGAAAUAUAUUUUGAGUGUUCUUGUGACCAAAAGUGAAACACACACGAAAAUUAGCAAAGAAUUGUAAAUAGAAAAAUCACCAAUUUUCUCGCAAAAUUGAAAGAAAAAAAAAUCAUACAAGCAAGAAACUUAAGUAAAAAAAAUCAUUGAAUGGUGGUUAAUAGAUUUAUGGUAACUUAUAAAGUGUAAAAAAAAUAAUCUUAAGAAAUCAUACUUAGGCGAUAGAGAAACUGAAACAUAUUUAAAAAAAAAGAUGAACAUUUUACUUAGUCGAGACAAGCAAGAAUUGCUGAAGAAAUGCAAAAUCUGUUCUUUUUGCAAAACAACAGAAAGGAACUUAUAUAUUAUUAUCUAAUAUACAAUUUUAAAAGAAAUAUUAGAAAUUGUGUGGCAUGAAGAUUUAAAAAAAAAGUAAGGGCAAAUGUUAAAAAAAAAUAUUUAAAAGUAAUUAUUCAUGAGAAUUAAAUAAGAAAUCAUGUGGUGAAUAUUUAAGAGAAGAUUUUUUGAAAACCAGCCGGUCUGGUAUUUUCACAAGAUUGUUUUAUAAAAAUGAUGCAAAAAAUGUAGAGAAUAUUAAUUUAAUACUAUAAAAUAAUAUUCUAGUGGAUACAAUUAUAAUUGUAACAUUGAAUGCAUGGAAGCCAUCUAAAGAAAAAAAAGCACCCAUUUUAAAGAUGAAAAAUAUGUAACCAGAAGGAUAAAGCAUAUUAAGAAAUAAGGACAAGUAAUAUUAAAGAAAAACAGACACACAACAGAGAUAUCAUAACGAAGGAAUAUUUAGAGGAAUAAAUGGGAUAAAAUGUAACUUAAUAAAAAAAAAUAUAGACACAGUUUCAAAAACUUGAAGGACACAAAAUCACACCAAUUUACCAAUUUUGUCUUUAGGAAGAGUAAAAAAAACGAAAGAAACUAUUAAGAGUCUAAAAAACCCAACCAAAAUUAUAUAUAUACAUCUCCUUUUCUUUUGUAUGAAUUUUUGGAAAAAAGGAAGGAAAAGAAAAAAUUGUGAAAAAUAUUAUAGAAAAAAAAAAUUCGAGAGACCUUUUCAAGACACAUUUUCACGGGGUUUCGGAACAAAAUUUACCAUGUGAAAAACAAUGUUAAUCAAUUAGAAAACAUGUGAGAAAAAUUGGUCAUUUAGCAAAAUUAUUGUGAGAGAUAAAAUCGCGGUCUUUAGCUCUUUAGACGAUGUUUUAGAUGAGAUAAAAGUCUUUCUGCGAAGUUGUCCAAGCUUCUCUUCGGCUGUCGAACUUGAUUUCCAGUCUUUUCGCAUGAUCAAAAUUGUAAAAGUGUUUGCGAAAUCAAUAUUUAUAAUCACAGGGUGUGCAAAAACUUACCUACUUGAUUUUUCUUUCUCCAAAUUUCAUACAAAUUUCCUCUUAUUAUGUUCGGUAAUGAAUUAUUGUGUUCACGACUGACCGAAUAUUAGAAACUUACGGUGCAAACUUCGCAGAAUUCUAUAUGAACCAAAAAGAAAAAAUGUAACUAAAUUAGUUCACCAAAAAAGGAAAAGAAAUCAAUCAUUUUGAGAAACAAGAAAAAAAUAUAUCGAAUUGUGUAUAAAAAAAAAUCGGAAACACUUUUGAGGGUAGACAAAAACAAUUGCGAACAGGGUCAAAAUUAAAAAAAAGAAGGAAGAAAUGAAGGAAAAUCGUUGAUUGAAGGAUAAAAUAAAAAUUAACCAAUUAGUCGUUUUUUUCGAAGGGAAAGCAAUAAAGACUGUUAGCAAAAAAGUGAAAAAAUAAUUAGUUAUUUUUAGAUAGCCAAAAAGUGGUUUAUAGCUAGAGAAUUCGAAAAAAAACAAAAUUCAAUCGAUCAAAUGUUGUGUAGAAGAAUCACAAUAAAGAGAGCAUCUCCUUUUUUUCGUUUUCCGGGGAUGGGACACACUUUGGCUGGUCAGGAGACGCGCGGGCUGCGUCGCCAAACUCAUAUUGGCCAAGUAGGGAUAGGGCAAUCCUAUGAGAUUGAUUGUAAGACGAUAAUCAAGUUUUAUCAUUCGAUGUUGAAGUAAAAAAAAAAUGAAAAGAAUCACACAUUAAAGGACAAGAAAACCAAUCGAUGUACCCGAUAUUCUUCCAAGAAAUCUGAAUAAAUUGACAAGUAAA